GUAAAGGGCAUUAACAACAUUUUCAUAACGUCCCUCCUCUCUUUAGCCCUUUAGGAAGGGUGGAGGGAAAGGAGGGUGAAUAAGCAGAUCCUUGAAGGUUGGAGCAACUCAGAAAGCCUCUGCCGCUCUGGAAGCCAGGGGGCUUUUUUUGGGAAGGGUCCCACCCUUAAGGUUGCCCCAUUUGAACCUCAGGUCGCCUUGGCUUGGAUGCACCACGGCCUGUUAGAUCCAGGUCCUUGCCGCGUCUACUGAGAGGGAAGGGAAGGAGAUUCGCAAAGGAUGAAAGAGGAAAGCAUGUGCCCAGAUUCACCGGAGGGGAGCCUGGUGACCAGUGAGGAGGAGAGCGAGAGGGUCCCCAAAAAGGGCCUGCGCAAGAGGACCCAACUAGGCAAACCCCUGGCCUCGGCUCCCCUGCAGGAGUGCAGUGCCCCCUCGCCCCAGGGGAAGCGCAGCAAGCGCAGCCCUGUGCCACAGACCUUCGAGGACAUGCACACGCAGCGGGUGAUUGCCAACGUGCGGGAGCGCCAGCGCACCCAGUCGCUGAACGAUGCCUUCGCUGAACUGCGCAAAAUCAUCCCCACUCUGCCUUCCGACAAGCUCAGCAAGAUUCAGACACUGAAGCUGGCAGCGCGAUACAUCGACUUCCUCUACCAGGUUCUGCAGAGUGAUGAGCUCGACCACAAGAUCUCCAGCUGCAACUACCUGGCCCACGAGAGGCUCAGCUACGCCUUCUCCGUCUGGAGGAUGGAAGGGGCCUGGUCCAUGUCAGCAUCCCACUGAGACCCACCGGGAAGGUCCAUUCAGGAAGGUGGCCAGCAGGUAACACGCUUCUGCCUCACCCAAGAGCAGCAGCAGAGGAACUCUUCUCCAGAGAAACUCAGGGCAUAUACUCUGUAUGAUUCUCCAUCGCCAGCUCAAAAACGAGACCAAACGUGAUCACCAUCCUCUUGGGGAGAAGAGAGCCCAGCUGAGAUCUAGGAUGGAGAAUCCAAACUUUGCACCAUUACUCUGGGAAGAAAUGCAGACAUAAGCGAGGCAGUGACUCAAAGCAGGCCCAGACUGCUUUUGCUUGUAACAAGCUGAUCUCAAAAUGUAUAUCUAGAACUCUUUCGAAGAGCUAAUUUAUUUUUGAAUUUGCAGGUUUUAAGAAUAAUUGUUUUAUUUUAAUAGCUUUCUGCUUCCGGGGAGGUUCUUUCCACCCGCUCCCCUCCAGGACCCAAAACAACAGGAAUGUCUUAAAUCCUCUUGAGGUGAUCUCCUGUCACCCUCCUUCAACAAGGACUUGAGCUCUAAAAGCCUCACUGCCUCCUCUCCCAAUGGGGUUAUGGUUAUUCCACUGCCAGAAAAAAAACAUAUUCUGUACAUGCUCAGGAGCACAACACCUUUGAUGGUGCUAGUUUAUGAUUCAAGGCUAAAUCCUGCCCCUAAAAAGCAGGUCCUGCCCUGGCCUGGUGAGACCCAGCUUCCUCCAUUGAGGUCAGCUUGCCCCUUCUAGUGAUCCCACAAUGGCCCAUUCUGGCCCAAGUCUCACUGGGAUCAGCACACCUUGCUAUUGCCUAACACAGCUACUCACCGCUGCUAAAUGGUCACCAUAUGGUGGUGGGAAAUGAGAGAAACCAAAUGCUUCUGGGGUGGGUGUGUAUCUAUCAGCAGCACAGGCUCAGUAAGUGGUGCAGUGGUCAUUCCUUCUCCCCAGGGAAUCCUGGGAACUGAGGGACUCAUAGAACGUAGUUCUGUGAGAAUUCUGAGAACUCGCACCUAACCACAAUUCCCAGGAACUGUGGGACUGGGUGAGCUAUUAAUCUUAAAGUAGCCUAUAAAACAAACCCAAAUUUAUACUUCAGACAUACUGGUACUCAUUUUUUUCUGAACAUAGUGGAUUGCAAAGGAUGCAAGGCCUUCAUUGAGAGACUGCAACUCAGUGGUGGAGCACAUGAUGUGAACUGCCCUGAGAUCUUAUGAUGAAGGGUGGUAUAGAAGUCCUGAUGAUGAUGAUGAUGAUGAUGAUGAUGAUACUUUGCAAACAAUGUCCCAGACAUCCGGCUGCCGUGUGACAGCGACAGAUGUGGCACACUCUUUCAAGGCCAAAUCUGCUGCCUCCUUGACAGUCCUCCCCAUGUUGCAUCUACAGUGGCCUCUGGGCAAAACAUCUUGGGCGGGCUCUGGUCGCAGACGCAGUCUCUGGCAUCUCCAGGUAGAAGGAUCAAGAAACUGAUGGUGGCAGAAGAAACCCCUCUCCACCAAGAUCCUGCAGAGUUGAUAGUCCUUGGAAAAUGGCCUGACUGGUCCAAGGCAGCUUUCUACAUUCUCUCUUCGCCAGGGUUACUUGGCGACUGUGCUAAUAUCCCAUCAUUCCCCUUGUUGGGUGCCUUAAGGCUGGAAAAUGACACUUCCUCACUAAAUGUAACUGACACGUGCUUUGAAUUGCUUCGUGGGGGCAGAAUAACUGCCGAGCCCUUGCUUGUAAGCUACCUACUAAAUUAUGGUACAUAAACUGGGGGCUUGCAAAAGGGAUGAGGCCAGAGGUGACCACUGGAACAUAUACCAUAGAGAGCAGGUGUGGGGAACAGCCCUGGCUACUGACCAUGCUUACUGGAGCUGGUGGGAGUUGUAGUUCAACGGCCUCUGAAGGGCCAAAGGUUCUCCACUCCUGAUUUAGAGAGGUGUGGGAAGCAGGCAGGCAGUUCCCGUUCCCAGAUAGGAGGAGGAGGGAAGGGGGUCACCUGCUCUUGCCUUUAGAAGUAGCUUGAUUAUCUGCAAAAACCAGAAUGGGAAGCUUUUCACUGCCAGCUGGAACAUUGCUGGCUCAUGCCUGCAGAUCCAACUGCUAUACAGACACAGCUGAAGAGGGUGUUAAAACAGCUGGCAACUCUAGCCUCCUGUUUCAAAGAACACAAAGCACCUGUACCUUUGAACAGUUCCCUGAUUCUACAAUACAAAUGACUAUUGAUAUGUAUGGUUAUAUGGGUCCCUAGAAAGACAUUCAAAGGGCAUGAAUCCCUUUGCAAAUGGCAGGAAGUACUUUGUAAUUAUUCUGCUCUGAUAAUGCUAUAGAUGUAUAAACAUACAUAUGGAGAAACAGAGGGAGACUUUUUAAAAAAAGUUGUUUUGCAAUUGUUUAAACCCCCCCCCCCAAUUCAGGGCUUUUGGAUCUUGCUAAAUCUCAAGCACUUCAAAACACAAUAAAAGCUAUGAUGGUG